CGGGCGCGCGCUGUGGCGGGGUCGCCCGGGGCAGAGAUCUUGAAGCUGCGGUAGGCAGCCGCUGAGGCGAACCGCUAAAGGGAACCUUCCUAGUAUGGACGACCCCGCGGCGCCGGGGCCCUCCGGCUCUCCGGCUAAUGACAACGGCAAUGGCAACGGCAACGGCAACGGCAACGGCAACGGCGGCAAAGGGAAACCGGCUGUACCCAAGGGCCGGGAAGCGUUCCGCAACCAGCGGCGGGAGUCGGAGGGCUCUGUGGACUGCCCUACUCUCGAGUUUGAAUAUGGAGAUGCAGAUGGACAUGCAGCAGAAUUGUCAGAAUUAUAUAGCUACACAGAGAGCCUGGAAUUUACCACUAACAGGAAGUGCUUUGAAGAAGAUUUCAAGACUCAAGUGCAAGACACUAAGGAAUGGCUGGAGUUGGAAGAAGAUGCCCAAAAGACCUACGUGAUGGGACUUCUAGACCGACUGGAGGUGGUCAGUAGGGAACAACGGCUUAAGGUGGCCCGUGCUGUUCUCUAUCUAGCCCAAGGCACUUUUGGGGAAUGCGAUUCUGAGGUUGAUGUGCUACACUGGUCCAGAUACAAUUGCUUCCUGCUCUAUCGGAUGGGGACUUUCUCAGCCUUCCUGGAGCUACUCCACAUGGAAAUCGACAACAGCCAGGCCUCUAGUAGUGCCCUUCGGAAACCAGCCGUCUCCAUUGCUGACAGCACUGAGCUCAGGGUACUGCUGAGUGUCAUGUACCUAAUGGUGGAAAAUAUCCGCUUGGAGCGAGAAAUAGACCCCUGUGGGUGGAGGACAGCCCGAGAGACCUUCCGAACCGAACUGAGUUUCUCCACACAUAAUGAAGAGCCUUUUGCACUCCUGCUGUUUUCCAUGGUUACCAAAUUCUGCAGUGGCCUGGCCCCCCACUUUCCAAUAAAGAAGGUUCUGCUUCUCCUCUGGAAGGUGGUCAUGUUUACCCUUGGUGGAUUUGAGCACCUGCAGGCUCUCAAAAUACAGAAGCGUGCAGAGUUGGGCCUGCCUCCACUAGCUGAGGACAGUAUCCAGGUCGUAAAGAGCAUGCGUGCUGCCUCUCCGCCUUCUUACACUCUUGAUCUAGGCGAGUCUCAGCUGGCCCCGCCACCCUCCAAACUGCGGGGCCGCCGUGGCUCUCGAAGGCAACUCCUUACCAAGCAAGACAGCCUGGACAUCUACAAUGAAAGGGACCUCUUCAAGACCGAGGAGCCGGCCACAGAGGAGGAGGAAGAAUCUGCAAGUGAUGGAGAACGAACCUUGGAUGGAGAGUUAGACCUUCUAGAACAGGAUCCUCUGGUACCACCUCCACCCUCGCAGACACCUCUCUCUGCUGACCGGGUGUCCUUUCCCAAGGGCCUGCCCUGGGCCCCAAAGGUUAGACAGAAGGACAUUGAACACUUCUUGGAGAUGAGCAGAAACAAGUUCAUUGGAUUCACUCUGGGGCAGGACACAGAUACCUUGGUUGGAUUACCUCGACCCAUCCACGAGAGUGUGAAGACUCUAAAGCAGCACAAGUACAUCUCCAUCGCAGAUGUACAGAUAAAGAAUGAAGAGGAGCUGGAGAAAUGCCCCAUGUCCUUGGGAGAAGAGGUGAUACCAGAAACACCGAGUGAAAUCCUCUACCAGGGCAUGCUGUACAGCCUCCCCCAGUACAUGAUUGCUCUGCUUAAGAUUCUGCUGGCUGCAGCCCCCACCUCCAAGGCUAAGACAGACUCUAUCAAUAUCCUGGCAGAUGUCCUCCCUGAAGAGAUGCCUGCGACUGUUCUCCAGAGCAUGAAGCUAGGCAUUGAUGUGAACAGACACAAGGAGAUCAUUGUGAAGAGUAUCUCUGCCCUGCUCCUUCUACUUCUCAAACACUUCAAACUCAACCAUAUCUACCAGUUUGAAUAUGUGGCACAGCAUUUAGUGUUUGCCAACUGCAUCCCCUUGAUCCUGAAGUUCUUCAAUCAAAACAUCCUGUCCUAUAUCACUGCCAAAAACAGCAUUUCAGUGCUGGAUUACCCGUGCUGUACCAUCCAGGAUUUGCCAGAGCUUACUACCGAGAGUCUGGAAGCCGGAGACAACAGCCAGUUCUGCUGGAGGAACCUCUUUUCCUGCAUCAACCUCCUGAGGCUGCUCAAUAAGCUGACCAAGUGGAAGCACUCCAGGACCAUGAUGUUGGUGGUGUUUAAGUCAGCUCCAAUCUUAAAGCGAGCUCUCAAAGUCAAACAGGCCAUGCUACAACUUUAUGUCCUGAAGCUACUAAAGAUACAAACCAAGUACCUUGGGCGCCAAUGGAGAAAAAGCAAUAUGAAGACCAUGUCAGCCAUUUACCAGAAAGUGCGCCACCGUAUGAAUGAUGACUGGGCUUAUGGGAAUGACAUCGAUGCCAGACCAUGGGACUUCCAAGCUGAAGAAUGUACCCUGAGGGCCAACAUCGAGGCCUUUAACAGCCGCCGAUAUGAUAAACCGCAGGACUCAGAAUUUUCACCUGUGGAUAACUGCCUGCAGAGUGUGCUGGGGCAGAGGUUGGAUCUGCCUGAAGAUUUCCAUUACUCCUAUGAGCUCUGGCUGGAGAGAGAGGUGUUUUCACAGCCCAUCUGUUGGGAGGAGCUGCUCCAGAAUCACUAAUGGAGGUUGGAUCCAGGAACCCAUUCAGCCUUCUCCGUGAACCCCAGGAGUGUGUGUCCAGGGGUGUUCCAGCCUGGCAUGCAGCAGAGACACACAGCAUAAUUCAGGGCUAUCCUGGGUGCCAUUAGGCUUGAAGGUGGUUGCAAGACUGGGUGGGAUCCUGAGUCAAAGCAAAUGGACCAACUUGUCCUCGGCUCAGCUAGGUACCUAGAUGGCCUUCACAUCUCCUGGUGGAUCAGUCCUGGACAGACUUUGAAACCUGCUUUAAUCUUGCCAAGAACUAGGCCAGCCUUUUGUUACUGUGGCUGGCUUUGUUAGCCACAGUAGUGAAGGGAAGCUCGUUACAGCAUUUGGCCCAUGACGUUCAUCUCAAGCAGGGGAAUAGAUACAGCCGUAAAAUGAGAUUUUUCGUCUUGCCCGCCCUAAAUGCCUAGGACUUGUCAUUUAGCAAAGCCAACUUUAGACUGUAUUUCACAUUUAAAAAGUUGGUGCUCACCUCUUUAUAAAAUAAUCACUGAUUCUAAGGUGAUUUGAGAGCACUGUAUCUUUAGAAAGGAUGACUGUCUCCAAAACGCUGCAUGUUACAGAACAGUGUAUUGUGUAGGCUUUUUCCCUUAAGAGACUGGUGUUCCAUGUAGAAACUAUUUCAUGUGUAUUCUGUAUAGUACAUUGAAUACUUUGUCAUUUGGAAAGAACCACAACUAGUAUAACCUUCUCUAAGAAUGUCUUGGGUUUUUCAGACUAUUUCAGUUUUUAAACAACAGAGUACACUGCAGAAAAUUACUUUCUAAUAUAACCCCAGAUCUUCACCUGAGUAAGGAGAGGAGAGAGACAGGAUCUGGCUGUGUAGCCCUGACUAGGCCAGACCGUACUGUGUAGCCAUGCUGGCCUUGACCUUGCGGUGAUCCUCCUUCCUCUGCCUGCCAGUGUCAGAGGCAUGGGCCGCGGCCUCCAGCAAAUCCAUCUUAAAUGAUUGCAGGAGGUUUUAUUUACUGAGAUUUGUCCAUUUGCACUGAGUUGUUUAUGAAAAGCAACAGCAUCGUUUAUAUUUUCUCUUCUGUGUUCAUUGCUUCUGACCUUUCCUUUGUCUUUCUUUGAACUGCUAGCAGUUUCAAUAUGGUUUGUACUGGACGCAUCACACAUUUCACAGGGGAUUCUCUACUCCUCCUACAUAGAGAAAUCACAUUUUCUCUUCUGCUUUUCAAUUUAACGUUUCUUUGAACGUUUUUAUUUUAAAGGUCUUCCCACUGCCCAGACACUAAUGAAUCUUUUUAUGAUGACACAAAGACACUUUAUUCCUAGAGAGCUGGUCCAAACUGGCUCAUCUACUCUUCCCUUUGUCAAGCACAGUCUCAUUUGAGGUCACUAUAAAGGCCAACAUUAUCCAAAGCAGCGAUCAGUACCUCUGUGCGUCGGGUAGCAGGGUUUCUUUCCUACUGUGGAAAAUGACAGAGAAUGUUAAGUAUGCAACAGAUGAAAUGUCUUAAAGUAAUUUGCAAACCGUAUCAAAGCACGGCAAGCCUCAUUUCAAACAGUUUACUGAACAUAGCAUCAGGCAAUUUUAUUCAUCUAGGGUCAGGCUACUAUGAUUUUAAUAUUUGCAUAAAAAGGUAAUUUUCCUGGAAAAAGCAUCAUCACCAGUCUACUUUAAAGUUAUAUCCUAUUCAAUUCUAUAAAGAAAAAAACAAGUUGCCUUUUAAAAAAGACACAUAAAUGCUUUCUGAGGCACAGAAGUAUACUAAGGUUUAAUAUGUUGUGUUUUAUUAUUUAUAACUCUUAAGAUUAAUUCUUUUCCUUUUUUUUUUUUUUUUUCAGAGCUGGGGACCAAAUCCAGGGCCUUGCGCUUGCUAGGCAAGCGCUCUACCACUGAGCUAAAUCCCCAGCCCCAAGAUUAAUUCUUAAUGCAGAUGGAGAAACUAUUGCACCUUGCAAAAAAGAAUGGUUAAUUUCAAAUCACAUCAUUUUCCCCCAAAAGUUGCUGUGGCUAACUUUCUGGUAUCAACAGCUAGCCCCACGUCUAAGAUAACUAGGGUAGAUCUCCCAAUUUGAGAGCUGGCCUGUGUGGUUAGGAACAGCUUUAACCCGUAAUGGAGAUUCCAGUUCCUACAUAGAGGCAUGCCAUCUGUAUGAUUUAUAAUACAAGGACUUUAUCUGCGACCAUCUCAGUGAUGUUUGUGUUGAUAAUAUUAUUCAUCUCACCAAACACUUUAAUAAAAAGAAAGCCCUGAAAUUAGAAA